AUUCCAAUAACAAUUAAAGUGAUUUAAAGUGUUUGAAUUGUGCAUUUGUCGUAACAUACAGACACAGGCACUUCUAAAUUGAAAAUAUAAAAAUAGCUUUGCCGGCAUAUUUUUAUAUUAGUUAGUGCCGUCGUAUCAGUUUAGUUGGGAAUACCGGAGUGGUCCAGUGAACGAGCGCAAAAUGAUUGAUUUCGGACUUUUAAAGGAUGUUUGGAUUCAAUUAGUUGCUACUUUUCUAGGUACUUUAUUGUGUCUAGCUAACGGUAUGGCUUACGGCUGGACCUCUCCUAUGAUUCCGUACUUCACUAGUCCUGAGUCUCACAUCCCCAUAACUCACGCCGAAGGAGACUGGUUUGAAACUUUAAUCUUUGUUGGUGCGGCAUGUGGACUACCUGGGACCGUCUUUGUGGUAGACUUCUUUGGAAGGCGUGGUUCUACGAUCUUGGCUGCUGUACUAUGCGCUGUCUGCUGGCUCAUGACCUUAUUCGGCACUCAUAUCUACGUGAUCUAUGCGGCCAGAUUCUUUUUCGGAAUGGGCGGAAAUAUGUGCUUCAUCAGUGUUCCAAUGUACAUAGCCGAGAUUGCUGAUAGUAGAAUCAGAGGAUUCUUGAGCACUUGCAGUUAUUUGAUGAUGCUAACUGGAAUUUUAGUGGUGUAUUCCACUGGAGCAUUACUUCCAUAUUAUGUGGCACCUACUAUAGGUGUCAUCUUGUCUGUAUGUGAGUUCGUAUUCUUUCCGUUUAUGCCUGAGUCGCCUUAUUAUUAUUUACAUAAGGGACAAGAAGAAAAGGCUAAAAAAGCUUUGCAAAGACUUAGAACAGACCCUGUAAAAACUGAACAAGAAUUCAGAGAAAUAAAAAAAGCGAUUGAAAGACAGUUAAUGGAAAGGGGACGUCCCAGAGACCUUUUUGAAAUUCCUAGUAACCGUAAGGGAGUAUUAAUUUCCUUACUUUUAAAUACUGCACAGCAUUUUAUUGGAAUAAGCGUGAUGUUAAUGAACGUUCACAUAAUUUUACAAGAUGCAGGUUCAAUUUAUAUGUCGCCGUCGACAGCGGCAAUAAUUUUUGCUGUUACAAUGCUCAUUGGGGCGUGUAUAGCUUCUACUAUCAUCGACAGAUUUGGUAGAAAAUUCUUAAUUAUUACGUCGGCAGUUGCCACAGGCAUUGCCCUCGUAAUUCUAGCGACAUAUUUUCAAAUUAAAAACACGGGAUACGACGUGUCUGGAGUCAGCUGGAUUCCAUUGGCAUGUGUAAUGACAUAUGCAGCGACAUUUAAAACGGGAAUGGGUAUAGUACCUAUAGUCAUAGUUGGCGAGAUAUUUCCAACAACAGUGAAAGCCAUGGGGAUGACACUGGCGGACGUCUUCUAUGUUAUAGCGGGAAUCGCUUCACUAAACAUAUUUUCUUGGACAUUUGAGACUUUUGGCAUGCAAGUGCCUAUGUAUUUGUUUAGUUUAUGUAGCUUUACCGCUGCUGUCUCUGUGUACUUCUACAUUCCAGAAACCAAGGGUAAAACCCUGGAUGAGAUUCAACUGAUGCUUAAAGGUCAUAGUGAGGUAGAAGAGAAACUAAGUUGUGAGGAUGUAACUAGAAAUAAUGUCGUAGUAUAAUAAUGAAAUAUUAGAAUUAGUUAAAAGGAACUUGUGAUAAUAUUUUAAAAGACGAAAAUAUAAUUUUUGGUUUAUA